GCCCCACGGCCAGGGCUUCCAGGAACAGAGUACUCGAAGGCUGCGAGCGAGAAUCCCGCCCCGUCGGGCGGCGGGGCCGCCCUACAGCUGGGAGGAGCGGAGCGGCCCCGCCCGGCGCGGCCCGGCGUCUGCGCAGACAGAAGCGUCAUGGCGGAGAAGGCGCAGAAGAGCGUGAAGAUCGCACCGGGAGCCGUGGUGUGUGUGGAGAGCGAGAUCCGUGGGGAUGUCACCAUCGGGCCAAGGACGGUGAUACACCCGAAGGCCAGGAUCAUCGCGGAGGCAGGGCCCAUUGUGAUCGGGGAAGGCAACCUGAUAGAGGAGCAGGCGCUAAUCAUCAAUGGGUACCCAGAAAACAUCACGCCAGAAACUGAGGAGGUGGAGCCCAAGCCCAUGAUCAUUGGCACCAACAAUGUCUUUGAAGUUGGGUGCUAUUCACAGGCAAUGAAAGUGGGAGAUAACAACGUAAUUGAAUCCAAAGGUGAGUUCAGACUGUCUUUGUUCUGCUUGGAGUUUUUGCUGUUAGAGCAGCAGUGUGGGGCUUCAAGCAGGGUGGCCCUCACAGAGACUCUCCUUACAGCAUUUGUUGGCAGGAAUGUGAUCCUGACGAGCGGCUGCAUCAUCGGGGCCUGCUGCAAUGUCAACACCUAUGAGGUGAUCCCUGAGAACACUGUCAUCUAUGGUGCCGACUGCCUUCGCCGCGUGCAGACCGAGCGGCCACAGCCUCAGACACUGCAGCUGGACUUUCUGAUGAAAAUCCUGCCCAAUUACCAUCACCUGAAGAAGACAAUGAAGGCUGCCUCCACACCUGUUAAAAGCUGAAAGCCUUUUGCCAUCAGUUGCAUGCCUGGCGUCUCUUGUCCUUUGGGCAUCGCACAGCCCGGGAAGCAGCUGGGCUCUGCAUCCUGCAAUUCUCGCUUGUGUCUUUUAUUUAUAGCCCCCACAGGCUUUGGACCUGUCAUUUCCCUCACACCAACUCUAACAUUCCACAUGCUUUAUGGGAAUAAAGUUGUUCCACUCUU